AUGAGUACUACUUCAUCAAGUACUACCAAUGAAAGCAAUGCUACAGGACCCGUGUAUCGGAUUCCACCUUAUUAUUAUAUACAUGUUCCGCUACAUUAUUGUAUUGUCGAAUCGCCAGUGAUACGUAAUGAGGAAGGUGAAGUGGAAUUUGACGAAAAUGGUCAAGCAAAAUUAGUCCAUGCCGAAAUCGAUAUUCGUCUGACACAGCCUGAUCAAACUCCAUUUCCUCUCUAUCCAGGAGAAAUUCUUCGCCAGCCUGUGACUGCACUUACAGUCGUUCCAGCUAAUUCAGCACUGCGAUUAAAAGCUAUACUUGAUUUUGAAGAUUCACACAAGGAACAACGACGAGCCGGUGAUGAAUGGAUGUUCGAAGGUCCAGCUACCUAUAUUCCUCGUAAAGAAGUCAAUGUCGAACAACAAAUUCAAGCAACUAUUAUUGGUCCCAAUCAAGCCAUUCGACUUUAUGCCAAAAAAGAACUUAUCGAUCGAUCAGGUCAACAUCGUGUCACGGGAGAAGAGUGGCUAAUUAAGAAGACCGGUGCCUAUUUGCCACUAGCUUAUGAAACAGUUGUAUCAGUUCAAAAUGCCUAUGCUUUAACUGAGAAAAAAGCUCUUCAUCUUCGGGCCCUUAAAACUUUCAUUGACGAUUUUGAUAAGCAACGUUUGAGUGGAGAAGAAUGGCUUGUGACGCAUGUUGAUACGGAAACACAUAUUCUUAAUAUAUAUGAAGAACUUGUUGCAGUUGUCGAUGCAAUCACACUCAAUUCACGGCAAUAUUGUAUCAUUCUCGAUCCAGUUAUCGAUGGCAAACCACAACUCGGAAGAAAGGUUGAUAUUUUAUGGGAUAUUAUUAAGCGGUCAAAAAUGGUGUGUGGCGAAACAUCAUUCUUUCUCCAACCCGGUGAAAAUCUCUUGAAAGGCAUUCAAAACGUUUUUAUUUUGGGUGAAGACGAAGGUGUUAUUGUCAAAUGUAAUGAAAGGUUCGAGGAUGAACAUGCAAAAAAAGUGCGUAUUCCGGGUGAACGAUGGAUGAUUCGAGGACCAACUGAAUAUAUUCCACCAACUCAAGUGGAAGUUGUCAAUCGACAAAAAGCAAUACCAUUAGAUGAAAAUGAAGGUAUAUAUGUUCGUAAUAUCAAAAGUGGCCGUGUUCGAGCAGUCAUCGGUGAAACUUACAUGUUAACACAAGAUGAAGAACUUUGGGACAAAGAAUUACCCGAACAAAUUGAAUAUUUACUUACGCGUGAUCCAUUAACCGAGCGCUAUUCUGCUAUGCGUGGAUUGACUUCGGUCAACAGUACAUUGACGACUACUACCUUAAAUAGUCAAUCGAAUAGCUCGACAUCAAAUAGUAUUAAACGUGAUAAGUGGAAAUUGAUCACAUAUCGUGUUCCACAUAAUGCGGCCGUUCAAAUCUAUGAUUACAAACGGAAGACAGCUCGUAUUGUCUUCGGUCCAGAACUUGUCAUGCUAGAACCUGAUGAACAUUUUACUCUGAUUUCUCUGAGCGGUGGCAUACCGAAAAAACCUAAUCAAGUUAACUCCCUUUGUCUACUACUCGGUCCAAAUUUCUUCACUGAUAGCAUCGAUAUUGAGACAGCUGAUCAUGCUCGUCUAUCCCUUCAACUUGCCUACAACUGGCACUUUGAAGUGAAAGACACACAUGAUAAGCAAGAAGCGGCUAAACUAUUUUCGGUGCCUGAUUUUGUCGGGGAUAUAUGCAAAGCUAUUGCUUCACGUAUCCGUGGUGCUGUAGCUGGUACUCAAUUUGAUGAUUUCCACAAGAACUCCGCUCACAUCAUUCGUGAGUCUGUGUUUGGUCUUGAUACGAAUCAGUGUGUACGCGAUCAAAUUGUCUUUCCACAAAAUAAUCUGAUCAUUACAUCGAUUGAUAUUCAAAAUGUUGAACCUGUCGAUCCACGUACGCGUGAUGCCCUACACAAGAGUGUUCAACUUGCCAUUGAGAUAACGACUAAUUCGCAAGAAGCCGCUGCUAAACAUGAAGCUUCACGUCGUGAACAAGAAGCUAGAGGUUUCUUAGAACGACAACGUAUUAAAAAUGAAGCUGAAGCUGAAAAGAUUCGACAACUAUUACUCGAAUCACAAGCGCUAUCGGCGGCUAUAGAAUUAAGUGGCCAAACCAAAGCAGAAGCUUUGAGUCGUGCUGAAUCAAAGCGUAUUGAAGGUGAAACAGCCGUUCACCAAGCACGUCGCAAAGCUGAAGCGACCAAAAUUGAAUCUGAAGCUGAAUUGGCCCGUUUGAAAUUAGUACGCGAAGGUGAAAUCAAGUUUUUACGCGAACAAAAUGAACUAGAAAUUAAGAAAAAAACAGAACUGUCUCAAAUUGAAACUGAAAAAUUUAAAUUACAAGUCGAAUCAAUUGGUCCUUCGACUAUUCAAAGUAUUGCUACAUCGGGUCCUGAAACUCAAGUCAAACUUUUGCAAGCACUAGGAAUACAAUCAAUGCUUGUUACCGAUGGUAAAAGUCCUAUCAAUCUCAUGGGCUUUGGACAAGGUCUACUCGGCGGUUUUAGCAAAUCGUCAUGUAAUCAACUAGGCGCAAACAAUUACUAA